AUGAAAUGGAUCCAUCGCGAUGUCAAGCCGGACAACUUUCUUAUCAGCGCCUCGGGACAUCUCAAGAUCUCUGACUUUGGGCUCGCAUUCGAUGGGCACUGGGCUCAUAGCCAGCUCUACUACACCAAUGUGCGGGAGACGAUGCUGGAGAGAGUUGGCAUCAAACCCACGGGCGAUGAGCUGGAUGUCGCACAAGAGAUGGAGUUCGGCAGUCCAGAACAUGAGUUCAAGCCUCCUUCACCUCCUAGACGUGGAUUCCUCACCAGAGCUCAGGCCGAAGAGCAUGCACACCGCGAAGGCUUGUUGAGUUGGCGCAAUCGCCAUGAUCGAAGAAAGAUGGCCCGCAGUGUCGUCGGCACCAGUCAAUACAUGGCACCUGAGGUCAUCCUGGGUGCCAACUAUGACGGCCGCUGUGACUGGUGGAGCAUCGGCAUCAUUCUCUACGAAUGCCUGUACGGUCGCACUCCAUUUUACAGCGAGACGCGAGUCAAGACCAAGGAGUGUAUCGUCAAUCACAGACAUACAUUGCAUUUCCCAAUGCAGGAGCGGUUCGCUCGGCCUCUGACACCUCAGAGAAUUGCGCUGCCAACACCAAGCGAUUGGGCAGUCGAUCUUCUCCGUGGACUACUAUGUGAGAAGGAGAGACGACUGAGCUCUCGACAAUAUCGCCACUCGGAUCCACGGAUGCCCAUUCGGAGACUGUCCGCGUCGCACAAUAAUCCUCUGGCCCGUCAUGUGUUCUCCAACGAUGCGGAUGAGAUCAAGAAGCACCCCUGGUUCGCCGAUGUUCCUUGGACGCAGAUGCAUCUCAGCACGCCACCGUUUAUACCCAAAGUGAAAGAGAACCAGUCCAUCACCAAGUACUUUGAAGACGAAAAAGACAUCAUGUCGGUCGAAAGCUCCAGCUUUGCCAGCGUCAGGGACCUUAUUCCAGACGACGCUGACGAGGGGGAAGCCGCGCUGGUGCUCGGCGCACACUUUGAGCGCUGGAAGGCGGAAAAGAUACAGCGCGAGAAGAUGGAACUCGGGAUUGACCAGUAUCCCGACGCAGAACUGCAACGCAUCAAGGAGCAUUUUGGCAAUCGGUAUCAGGAGUGGAGGGCGCAGCGCAUGGUCGAGAUUGCCGAGCAUAUGGCUGAUGGGGGACACGAGAUGCCGCUUCCUCCGCAGCAACAGCAACAGCGACACAAGAAGGAGAGGAAGAGGGCUCGGGACAAGGUGUUGCGUGAUCCGCUCAUGUGUAAGGUGGUGAUGGAGGAGGAUCAUGAUGAGACCUACGAUUUUGCCGGUGGAGAGGGGGAGUGA